GAAACCAUAUAGCCUCUUUGUUCUUCUCCUAAUUGGUCAAAGACCUAGCAAAUAUAUAAAGUGCUACAAGUCUAUCUAAUAGCUCAUUCCUAAUUAUAGAGAUAUAAUAUAUUAUUAAUAUGUUUAACCGGGAAAGACACGUUGUGCUGAUUCUUCUCUUCUUUAUUCUUUCAUUUUUCAUUGGUGCUAAUGGGAAGCACUUUGUGCUUGUUCAUGGAGCUGGCCAUGGUGCAUGGUGUUGGUAUAAGGUUGCAACCAUGUUGAAAUCAGCUGGUCAUAAUGUUACCACAAUUGAAUUGGCUGCUUGUGGUAUCAGUCCAAUACAGGUUCAAGAGAUUCAUUCAUCAAUUUCAAAAUAUCAUGAACCUUUGAUUUCAUUUAUAGAAUCUCUUCCUCCAAAGGAAAAGGUGAUUCUUGUGGGUCAUAGUUUUGGAGGGAUACCCUUAUCUGUUGCUAUGGAAAAGUUCCCUAAGAAAAUUUCUCUUGCAGUUUUUGUCACUGCAUUCGUGAUUAGUGAAAACCUGAAUUUCACAAGUUUACUUCAAGAGAAUCAGAGAAGAUUAAAUUCCAGUCAACAAGAUCCACCACAGUUAGUCUUCUCUGAUGGACCAAACAGUCCUCCAACUGGCUUGUUAUUUGGAUCCAAACUCUUGGCAUCUAAUCUGUAUCAAUUGUCGCCUAAUGAGGAUUUGACACUUGGAUCAUCGUUGGUGAGGCCACAUCCUAUCUUUAAUGAUGAAAAACUGAUAUUGAAAGAAACAAGAGUUACCAAGCUGAGGAAUGGAAGGGUACCAAAAGUCUUCAUUAUCUCUAAAGGAGACAUUUUCAUUAGAGAGGAUCUGCAAUUAUGGAUAAUUGAGAGAACUGGUCCAUAUGUUGAAGUGAAAGUGAUAAAGGAUUCAGAUCACAUGGUUAUGUUCUCCAAACCUAAAAAGCUCACCUCUCAUAUUCUAAGGAGUGCUCACAAAUAUUAGAUAUGCUUUUAUUGGUUUUUUGGAUAAACAAUUUUAAGACCUUGAUGUUUAUUAGUUUGUGAUUUUAUAGAUGUUGUGUAUUAUUUUUAAAAAUAAAUGAAGAAUAUAGUGAAAUUAUUAUCAAUGAAA